AUGUCAGUUUAUUCGACGGAUUCAUUGGAGGACACGAACAAAGUAUCUCCGAGGUAUCAGGACUCUCUUUGCGGAGAUAACGACGAUUUUAAUUUGGCGUCGAUUAAGAUAUCGACAGAUUUGUGUGACAAUGUAUCGAUUCAAUCAAAACCAACCCAUGCAGUAUUAAUUCAGAGGCAAGUUUUUUCUGGAAACGUUUCAGAUGCCAGAUCUAAUGAAACCGGGCGCUGCACUGGUACCGACAAAGACACGAGGACAGCAGACAGCAGAAAUGCGAUAAUUGCGAACGAAGGAUUCGGAGACGUGUCCAAGCGAUGGCGGCCGGCUUCCUCGUGGAACAGUAAACGGGAUGUCACGGAUCGCCUUAAGAGAAAUAACCUGAACAGUUUAAAGCGGGAAGAAGGAAGCUUGAACAAGAGGUUGGCCUCGGGAUGUCCCAAACGUUCGACGCGGAUGUUUCCGACGAAACGAAGUUGCUGUCCCAAAGAGAACCCGAUGUCUAUAAAGCCAGACAAAAAGCUUGGCAACGUGCUUACCCCGAGGAUUCAGCAGGCGAGGAAGCCGCGUUCCUAUUUGGAGCUUUAUCGUCAGAGAUUCAACGGACCACGUUGCAACGUCCGAUCUCCCGAGGGUUCCACCUUGUCGAUUUUCGGGGACAGCCAACAAGAGCAACUUACCGACGACGAUACACGUUUACCUGGUACCCCCAGGGACGAUCGCAGCGAACUCAGUUUUUAUCGUCGUAUAAUCGAGGGGGGAACCACCGCAGGAUCCACCGAAACGGUGCAUCAACACGUGCCAGAAGGUACAAAUAACUCCGGUUGCCUGGACAGAGUUAGACGGAACGCGAGUGACGAUAAAUCGAAGAGUUCUGGCUACAGACCGUACACCAUCGAGGACUACAGGAGUUUGCCGAUACCGAAACUCGAUCGAUCUCUCGGGCCCGAUAAAGUUGAGAUGCAAGCGAAGAGAGAGUGGCUGAUGCGGCGAAGGUCAUACGGGAACUCGGUUAGCGAGCAUAAUCGCCAGAGGAUACUGCUACAAACGCAGGAGCUCAAGUCGAAGCACGUCAUGGCUCAGAAGUGCUUUCUGCCUCCUUUGAAGGAUUUGGAUGCCGAUUCAAAGACGCGAGAUGAUUCUCUCUGUUCAACGAUAUUCGAAGACGCGGAGACACUUCCAAAAAAUAGCGCCAAGAAAUGUAACAAGUAUUCCAAGAGAAACGUCGACGUCGGUAAAAUAUUUUCGUCGAGCGAGUCUAAAAAAUUCGAGCGCAAGUCGAGUUUCAAUUCUCGCUCCAAGUCGCGCGAUGUCAUUGAAGAUUCAUAUUUAGAGUCCCUAAGGCAACGUCAUCUUCAUGAAAAGGAAAUGGUGAACCGUAUUAUAAACCGAGCGCCCUGCCUUUGACUACAUUCGAAACGACCUCGGACAUUAUUUAAUCCUCGUUCAAAGAAAUCAUGGAUUAUCUAAAUCGAACAAUGAAAACUGGUUCAAAUAAAUGUAACGCAAUGGAAGCCAUAUAAUACACUAUUCGAGGUUACGCUUCAAGGCACC